AUGGUAUUAAAUAGUUUAAAACUAAUUCAAUUUGCAGGUUUUAAGCGUACUGUGCUCAAGGAGAUUUUCCACUGUCAGUUGAAACUAAAUACCUUGAUUAAGAGUGUGUCUUUGUUGUUGAAGGCGCAAAAGACUACUCAGUUAUUCAAUGUUGUUGAUAAGCAACAUGUAAUGAACCAAAAAUUGCCUGUCACAACGAUGACAGAACUCGAGGCUCUUGAACAGUGGUUGAUGGAAAAUGAUAAUAAUAACUAUAAAAUUAUGUUGAACGAAUUUGGGAGAGUUGGAGGACAAACAUAUCAGCUGGCUACGCGAAAACUGCUUUACAAAUGUUUAAGUAACUUGGUCGCCAUGCAAUAUUCGUGGGAUGGACUGAAGCAAAAGGCGGCUUUCAAGAAACUCCUCUUAGCACGCUGUAUAUUAGAUGCGAUCAAAAGUCAAUUUCAUAAUGUGUCAGAAUCAGACAUUGUGACAGUGAUAAAGAUUUGGUUGGUGAAAGCAAAAGAGCGGAACGCAAAGGCCGGGACAAGGGGGGCUGAGGAUGCUGACGUGGAAUAGGCCUGAUCAUCUAUUAUAUAUAAACAUUAUUUAAAAUAAUCUCUAUUCUUUCUUGUUAAGGCGAAAUUGAUAACUUGCGAACAACUGUGUUUGCCCUUUACUAACAAUGUCGCCUGAAUAAUCUUCAUUUCGUAUUUGGAGUUAUAUUUGAGUUGAAUUAUUGUUAAUACAUACAUAUGGUUAAUACACAAUUUUUUUUGAUACUGUCAGAAUCAGAGCUGAGUAUGGGUGUAUCGUUCAAGAUCUUGUCAACCAUAGAAUCUGCAUCACAAAAUGUAUAACCAUUCUGCUUAUUAUUUGACGUGGAAGUAGUGGUCUUGCAUUUUGUUAUCUUUGGUAUUAAUUUUCUCACUAACAUGCUUUGUAUUUACAGUGAAGCUCCACUAAUCCGGAUUAAUAAAAACCAAGGCAAUCCGAAUUAAUGAAACAUCCGGAUUAUUGGAACUUUUUGAAAAGUUACAAAAAUACGUCAAAAACUGUAGUUUAUUAACACAAAAUAGGUGCUUAUUACAUGGGACAGUUAAUUUUUGCAAAAUAUCGUGUUUUUCCGCUAGAGUUAACGUUUUGUGUGCCCUAUUUGGCGCCAUGAUGCUUCCUACCGAGCUUUCCAAACUUGUCACAGAAACAAACGCAUCGUUUUCGGUGAAAUAAGGGGAUUCACCGACAUAGACUUUGGUAACACCACCUGUAGCGAUUGGCGAACUGCGCAAAAAAUUAUGAUCCGGAUUAUAGGAUCACAGGUAAUCCGGAUUAUAGAAUACAUAAUGUUAACAUCUAAUAUUUUAAUUUUGUCCGGAUUACUGGGAAAUCCGGAUUAAUGGAGUUCGGAUUAGCGAAGCUUUACUGUAUUAUAUCAUAUCUUUGUGGUAGAUACUCUAUCAGAGUGAAGAAGAUAAUAUAUUUUCUUCAUAUCAUGACUUCUUGUAAUGUUUGUAGGAUAUGAACCAAACUUGCUCUCACACAUUUACUAAAAUUUAAGUUGAGUUGAGAUUUCUUCAAUUCGCUAAAAGAUAUAAGUUCCUAGAGACAUUCUAGGAUAUUCUACAAAGUUAUUCAGUUGCUCCAAUAAUUUUUGUAAUAACGUUUCAAUCUUGAGUACCUACUCCUUGUUACUUUCACUUGAAGCUAACACUUUCGCAUUUAUUG